UUUUCUUCAUUCAUCAUCCAUUUGAAAUAUAUAAAUCGGCGGAAUGCAUUUACAACUGAAAAAAUUUUCCUCCUCUCGUUUGGGAUGUUGGAAAAUGGAACGGCCGGGGGUGCGGAAAAAUGAGCAGCCGCCACCCCCACUGGGCCCUUAGCUUCAACCUGUCAGUGCUCUGUCCUGGAUUCAUGCGCUCUCUGGAAAUCUGUAAAAAUGUACACAUUCUCAAUGUCCUCGACGUUAAUGCAACUUCAUUAUUCCACAACUCCUUCGGUAUCUUCCGCAAUAAUCUAUUUCAAUCCCAACUCAUGCAACAUCUGCAUACCCUGCAACAAGCCCAGAAAACGCAGAUGCAUUUCCAUAGUCCUCAGGGUCUAUGUUCCUUCAACCAGAGAUGUCUGGAGAAGAAGUCCCGACAAGACAACGACGUCGUCCCCAAUUUCUCACCAACAUGCCCAGCAAUAUCACAGAAGACGGCAAAUUGUGCAUUUGGAUCAUGAUGUGGACAUGGACGGCCUCUUGGCGGCCAUAAGCCAGACAGCGAACGAGCAAGAGCUGUUCUCUGUAAUGGGCCCCUACAAAGGCAGGAGACUCUCCAUUCGUUUCAUGGUUUCCGUUCUUUCGCGGGAGCCCGAUUGGCAGCGUUCGCUUGCUCUUCUUGAUUGGAUCAAUGAGGAGGCUCUGUAUGCUCCUACUGUGUUUGCCUACAAUGUUGUUAUCCGCAAUGUGUUGCGUGCGAAGCAGUGGCAACUUGCACGAGGCCUGUUCGACGAAAUGCGGCAGAGAGGUCUCUCGCCUGAUAGGUUCACCUACUCGAUGCUAAUUACCCAUUUUGGCAAAGAAGGUAUGUUUGACUCUGCCAUCUCUUGGCUUCAGAAAAUGGAGCAGGACCAUGUGUCCGGUGACCUUGUUCUGUACAGUAACUUGAUUGAGCUUUCACGCAAAUUAUGUGAUUACACAAAAGCAAUAUCAAUAUUUUCGAGAUUGAAGCAGUUGGGUAUUUCACCAGAUCUUGUGGCUUAUAAUUCAAUGAUUAAUGUGUUUGGGAAAGCUAGGCAUUUCCAGGAGGCUCGGCUUCUCCUUCACGAGAUGAGGUCUGCAGGUAUUCCACCUGAUACAGUAAGUUAUUCAACACUUCUAAGUAUGUACGUUGAGAACCAAAAAUUUGUUGACGCGUUGUCUGUGUUUGCCGAGAUGAAUGAGGUCAAGUGCCCGCUUGAUCUGACAACCUGCAAUAUUAUGCUUCACGUGUAUGGCCAGCUCGAUAUGGCCAAGGAGGCAGACAGAUUGUUUUGGAGCAUGAGGAAAAUGGAAAUUGAGCCCAAUGUGAUAAGUUACAAUACCCUUCUAAGGGUUUAUGGGGAGGCUGAGCUUUUCGGGGAAGCCAUCCAUCUUUUUCGUUUGAUGCAGAGGAAGGGCAUUGAGCAGAAUGUUGUUACUUACAACACCAUGAUUAGGAUUUAUGGGAAAACUCUUGAGCAUGAGAAGGCUGCAAAUCUAGUGAAAGAUAUGCAGAAUAGAGGAAUUAAACCAAAUUCCAUUACAUAUUCAAUGGUAAUAUCUAUAUGGUGUAAUGCGGGGAAAUUAGAUCAAGCAGCGAUGCUGUUCCAGAAGCUGAGGAGCUCUGGCGUUGAGAUUGAUCAAGUUCUUUAUCAGACAAUGAUUGUGGCUUAUGAGAGGGCAGGUCUGGUUGGACAUGCCAAGCGCUUGCUCCAUGAGCUCAAGCGGCCACAUAAUAUCCCCAGGGAAACUGCCAUAACAAUUCUUGCUAGAGCUGGCCGGAUAGAAGAGGCCACUUGGGUCUUCCGUCAAGCUUUUGAUGCAGGAGAGGUGAAGGAUGUAUCUGUGUAUGGGUGCAUGAUUGAUCUUUUUUCUAGGAAUAGAAAACAUGCAAAUGUCAUUGAGGUGUUUGAGAAGAUGAGAGGAGCAGGUUAUUUUCCAGAUUCCAAUGUGCUCGUUCUUGUCUUAAAUGCAUAUGGAAAGUUGCGGGAAACCGAAAAAGCAGAUUUUGUGUAUAGGGAGAUGCAGGAAGAGGGAUGUGUAUUUUCUGAUGAAGUUCACUUUCAGAUGCUAAGUCUACAUGGUGCAAGAAAGAACUUUGAGAAGGUAGAGUCACUGUUUGAGAGGCUUGAUGCUGAUCUCAACAUUAACAAGAAAGAGUUGCAUCUUGUUCUUGCUGGCAUAUAUGAAAGAGCAAAUAGACUAACUGAUGCAUCCAAUAUCAUCAAUAAUAUGAGGGAUAGAGGAAUUUUGAGAUCAUGAUCUUCUUAGUUUAUAUCUUAACAUGCACAUGAGGUAAAGGGAAAAUGA